ACAAACGCAUAUUUCGAGUCCACUUCUACAAGCAUACAAUCACAAGAAAUGGCUCUCGUGGAUGUAGAGGAACAGAGCACAGCAGGCCCGAGUCACUCGAGAUCCUCCAGCGUGCUGGCAGCAACGGCGGCAGAGUCGGUAUCGUCGUCAAGAAGAGAAUCGAGGAGAGGUUCAAAGGAUAGAGAAGUCGGUGAUGGGGGAAGGGGUGGAGAUGACCAUGUUUCAUUCAAAACGGCUGAAGAGGACAUCGAGCUGCAAGACAGCGCGACAGCACCUUUACUUGCGGGAGCUGCAGCCAGCCCUCGUCUGCUCGAUUCAGAAGAGCGUCAUCUUCUAGAGGCUGAAGGACACAAUUCAGUUUCCAGGGGAUCGAUAUUAGACGCGGUGACGAAUAUGGCCAACUCCAUUAUAGGAGCUGGUAUAGUGGGAUUGCCAUAUGCAGUAUCCGAAGCAGGCUUUGUCAUGGGCGUGUUCCUCUUGAUCGCGCUGGCAGCCAUAUCAGAUUGGACUAUCCGGCUAGUCAUCCUCACCAGUAAAUUGAGUGGAAGAGAAUCUUACACCGAGACAAUGUACCAUUGCUUCGGACCACUAGGAGCGAUGGCAGUAUCCUUCUUCCAGUUCUCAUUCGCGUUUGGCGGGACGGCUGCAUUCCAUGUCAUCGUUGGUGAUACGAUCCCUCGAGUCGUCUCUUACAUCUUUCCCUCCUUCGCCGAAAACGUCUUCCUUCGUCUAUUUGUCAAUCGCCAAGCAGUCAUUAUCAUGUGCACCUUGUUCAUUUCUUUCCCCCUAAGCCUGCAUCGGGACAUUGUGAAGCUCUCAAAAUCAUCCAGCUUCGCUUUAGUAUCCAUGGUCAUCAUUAUUGUCUCUGUGCUCUUUCGAAGCGUCGCGGUUGAUCCAUCAUUACGCGGCUCUUCAACUGAUGUGUUUUCAAUCGUGAAACCUGGUGUCUUCCAAGCCAUAGGGGUGAUCUCUUUCGCGUACGCGUGUCAUCACAACAGUAACUAUAUCUACAAAAGUAUCAAUGUACCUACUCUCGAUCGCUUUGACAUGGUCACUCAUAUUUCAACUGGCAUAAGUUUAAUAGCCUGUUUACUAGUUGCUGUUUGUGGAUAUGUCGUCUUCACCGAUAAAACAGAGGGGAACAUUCUCAAUAAUUUCAGCUCUGAAGAUUGGCUUAUCAACAUUGCCCGCUUUUGCUUUGGCGCCAAUAUGUCAACAACAAUCCCAUUGGAAGUUUUCGUCUGUCGAGAAGUGAUUGAAGAGACGUUUUACAAGUCUAAGCCCUUCAGUAAGCUGCGUCACGUAAUCAUAACUUCCUCUGUCAUCUUUAUCGCUAUGGGUCUCGCGCUUACAACAUGUGAUCUCGGUGUCGUCUUGGAGUUGGCCGGUGGUCUUUCAGCUUCCGCUUUAGCUUUCAUUCUGCCAGCCUCCGCAUACUUUGUAAUGCUCUCUGGCCCUUGGUCUUCCAGAAGGAAAUUACCGGCACUUUUGGUUGCCAGUUUUGGAGUGAUUGUGUUGGUGUUGAGUUGCGGGUUGAGCCUCAAGAAAGCCUGGAGCGGAGAGGGUGGGAAGUCAGUGUGCUAAGUUCACAGUGCUACUAGAUAUAUAGAUUGAUUGGGUGUAUGUCGUAUAGUUCGUUGUGUUGUUUGUACGUACAUAUGCACAGAUGACGG